GGGGCCGCCGCCCUGUCCUCCCAGUGGGUGGGGCCAGGCCUCUCACCUGGGCUGAACCCUCAGCCGGCCCCACCUUCCCCGGCCGCCCACCCCGGGUAUCUGGACCUCUGCUGCUCUGCCUGCGGCUCCGAUGUUGGGGUCCCUGCGCCCUCACUCGCCACUCCUCCCCCCCGGGGCCCGGCCUGCCCUGGUCGUCCACACGAGCCCUGUGUCGCUGCGGCUCUGCUGGGCUGGGACCCUUGUCCUGACCCCAGGCACCCUAAUUCGGUUCCUGGCUACGUGGGAGGGAGCUGUCCUAGCUGGGCAGAGGGGCCGAAACCAGGCCUGGGUACCACGUGGGCUUGCCCUGUCCACAGCGCCGUGGGGAAGACGUGCCUGCUGAUCAGCUACACGACCAACGCCUUCCCAGGAGAGUACAUCCCCACCGUUUUUGAUAACUACUCUGCCAAUGUGAUGGUGGAUGGGAAGCCGGUCAACCUAGGGCUGUGGGACACCGCUGGGCAGGAGGACUAUGACCGACUUCGGCCGCUCUCCUAUCCCCAAACUGACGUCUUUUUGAUCUGCUUCUCCCUGGUGAGCCCAGCUUCCUUUGAGAAUGUUCGUGCCAAGUGGUACCCAGAGGUGCGGCACCACUGCCCCCACACACCCAUUCUCCUGGUGGGCACCAAGCUGGACCUCCGUGAUGACAAAGACACCAUUGAGCGGCUGCGGGACAAGAAGCUGGCACCCAUCACCUACCCGCAGGGCCUGGCCAUGGCCCGCGAGAUCGGCUCUGUCAAGUACCUGGAGUGCUCAGCCCUGACUCAGAGGGGCCUGAAGACCGUGUUUGAUGAGGCCAUUCGGGCCGUGCUCUGCCCACCCCCCGUGAAGAAGCCGGGAAAGAAGUGCACAGUCUUCUAGAGUGCCCCCCACCUAGGCCUGGGGGCUGAUGAAGGAACAGCUCCGGAAAGAGUCUGCUGUCUUGUCAAGAUGUUUGGUGUCUCUGAGUCUGCUGUGGGGGUGUGGUGUGGGUGGGGAGGGGAAGAAGCAUGGGGACAAGGCUGGGGCGAUGGGGAGCCUGUCCUCUCUGCCUCCACUUCUGGGGUGUGGCUCCAGCCUUCCCUGGUCCCCAUGGGAGGCCGGGAGGGAGCAGGGUCUCCCUCAGGGCUGCAGGGGCAGGUCCAGGGCAGCCCCAGGAUGGGCUUCCCUGAUGGGGGCGGGUGGGGGUGGGUUCUGUCCACUGCGCCCGGGGUGGGGCGGCCCCUUCUUAUUUUAUACAAUAAACAUUCUCCAUCGAUA